GCCUCCUUGCCUGUUUUGCUUUUCUUUUGUAAAUUCGACGGCAAGAUUCGCACAAACUCUGCCGGAUUUCGGUGGCACUGCAUGUGUCUUCGUCUCCACCUAACCCUCCCGCUGAACAACACGACGACAGCCUCUCUUUGGCUCUAAUCGUCUCCCUAUAUCGGCUCUGUUUGAUCAGAUUCGAUUCGAAUAGUGAGUGAUAAACUCGAACCAGGAGAAAUCCAGUGGGAGAUUAGCUUGCGACAAGAGCUCAGGAAAAGGACAAACCAGCUACAAUGGCGUCUUCUGCAGACUCAUGGAUGAAGGAACUAAAUGAAGCACAGAAGCUUGCUGAUGAUAUAAAUGGGAUGAUUUCUGAAAGGAGUUCUUUGCCCCCAUCAGGGCCAGAUACACAACGUCACUUUUCUGCCAUUAGAAGAAAGAUUACAAUAUUAGGGACCCGACUUGAUAGUCUGCAGUCCCUUUUAUCUAAGCUACCUACUAAGCAACCCAUAACAGAGAAGGAGAUGCAUCGGCGCCAGGAUAUGCUUGCAAAUUUGAGAUCCAAAACCAAUCAGAUGGCCUCUGCCCUGAAUAUGUCCAAUUUUGCUAAUAGGGACAGCUUGCUAGGACCAGAGGUAAAGCAAGAUGCUAUGGGCAGAACAACUGGCUUGGACAACCAUGGUCUUGUUGGCCUUCAGCGGCAAAUAAUGAAAGCAGAACAAGAUGAAGGUCUUGAGAAAUUGGAGGAGACAGUAAUAAGUACAAAACAUAUUGCAUUGGCUGUCAACGAGGAACUUGGCUUACACGCUAGGCUUCUUGAUUCCUUGGACCAACAUGUGGACUCGACGGACUCCAGACUACAGCGUGUGGCAAAGAGAUUGGCAAUUCUAAACAAACUUACUAGAGGUGGUUGCUCUUGCAUGUGUAUGCUUUUGGCUGUGAUUGGGAUUGUUCUUCUAGUUGUUGUUAUUUGGGCCCUGAUAAAAUACUUGUAAUACCAAUGAUGGUAAGCACAACAAUCAUCUAUUCCAAUCCCUUUCCUUACUU